AACCUACUUCCAACGUAAAAUCUAUUUUUCACGUAGAACUGACUAAUCAAGCACUUCAGAGUAACACAAAUGAAGAAAUAGCUAAAUCAAGUAGCCAACUUCAAGACUCUGCAAAUGAAGAUAUAAACGCUUCUAAUGAAAUUGUAAAUCUUUGUGUUGGUUAUGUCUUUGAAUCAUGGGAAGAGGUCGAUAAGAUUAUAAAAAUCUACAACAAACGAGAAGGAUUUGGCAUUGUUCAAAAAAGAUUAGAGCUACAUCCAAAGGGUCAUAUAAAGUAUCAUAGUUAUAGAUGCGAGUUUAGUGGCUGUUCUCAACCAAAAAAAAAAGUUGACGUUCAUAAUCACCGUGAUCGUAAAUUGAAACAACAAGAAUGCGAAUGGAAUGCCAAUAUUAACUCUCCAAGAAAUGCCUUGCUCAUAACUCUUACAACUUUUGCCAAUAUACACAAUCACCCAUUAUAUCCCGAUGCUCAACAUUACGUCUCGAUAUAUCGAAACAUUUCUGAAGAUGUUCUUAGUGAAAUUCAAUUUCUUACUGAAAAUGAAAAUUUAUUAAUUGGCACUCAAAAAAAGUUAUUGAAGGCAAAAUUUCUAACUGAAUCUAUUCUUGACCGCGAUCUUUCAAAUGCCAUACAAAAAUUCAAAAUUCAUACUGAUGAAAAGCUGGAUGCAUCUUGCCUGCUAACAACACUCCUUGAAUGCAAAUCAUAUGAUCAUCAAUGGGCCUAUUAUGAUGUCAUUUUAAAUGACAACACUGCCAAAACCAAACGUUAUCAAAUGUCACUUUCACUUUUUCUCAUUGUGGACAACAACACUAGGUCACGUCUUGUUGCACAAGCUCUUGUGUCGGACAAAACAACAGAGUCCUAUAAAUGGAUCCUGGAAUGCACAAAAAAAACAACAAUGAUUGAGUCAUUACAAAAUCUACCAAAAAAUCUCAAAUCUAAGCUUCAUAGCCAAUAUGAAAGCUUUGUUCAUGACUUUUUCCUAUGCUGCAACAGCCUGUGUGAAGAAAGUUUCUAUGAACGAUGGUCACAACUUACUGAAAAGUACUCAAAUGUUAAAGAUUAUCUGAUGAGAGCGCUUUAUCCCAGCCGACAAGUGUGGGCACGUGCAUUUAUAUCAAAAAUAUUCACAGCGGGAAUUCAAACUACCUCUCGUGUUGAAGGUCUCAACAGCAUUGUCAAACGCCUAUUAACAGCAAGUAGCAGUUUGUGUGAUCUUGUCGAUGCCUCGAUGCAAGACUCCAAGAUGAGGCACAGUGGAAUCAAAUGUCUGGAAAUGUCGCAAUGCCUAUAUUUCGUUGCAAGUCAAAUGGAUAUUGCGAAUAAUAAUGACGAGGAUUCCAACCUUAUUGUGACGGAUGAAUUCGUUAAGGAUUCAUAUAAUGCCAAACAAAUUCUAUUGAAAUCAAUAAUUGCUGAAGUUGGCGAAGAAAAUGUUCGAGAAAAACAGCAAACACUCGCAUUUCGUGGUAGUGUCGCAGGAUUUCAUAUUCAAAUGGUACCUGUUCGGUGGUAUAAUGAUGAACAAAAAGACAAGGAUAUAAUUACGAGUGCCUGCUGUUUUGCGAAUCAAGAAUCAGCGAAGAAUCAACCGAACGAAAUACUAACGCCAAAUCUCUCGACUAUAUCCAAGUCCAUGACGUGUGUUUUACGUCGUGCAGCACAACGAAAAGUCAAAUAUGGAGAG